AUGAAUCAUCGUGAUAUCCAUUUACUUGAUCUACCUGUUGAGAUAUUACUAAACAUCUUGAGAAAAUUGAACAAUAUGGAUGUUCUCUAUUCAUUAAUAGGAAUUGAAGGACUGGACCUUCUGGCACAAGAUGAAAAGUUUACAAACAAUCACAAUUUUGUGUUUGCGAGCAAUGAUUCAAUUAAUGAACCUAUGCUAAAUCGAUUUUGUAAUUCAAUCUUACCUCGAAUUCAAUAUAAUGUCAAAUGUGUCGUUUUGGAAACAAAAACUAUGGAUCGUAUUUUACGUGCUGGUAUUUAUCCAAAUCUUACUCAACUCAAAAUAUUCAAAUUUCAGGCGAAUAUUUUUUCAAAGUUUUGUACAGAUGAAUUACUUCUCCGAGACAACUUCAAAAAACAAAUUACAGAACUUACACUACUCGACGAUUGUGGUCCUGAAACUGAAGCUAUAGAUGAGACGACAAAUGCAUAUAUAAAAUGGUUUGAUUUCUUUGAAAAUCUUAACUCUUUGAGCUGUAUUGAAUCAUGUAUGAGUGGAGAUCCAGUUUUAUCAUUAAUUGAUUUGCCAUAA